CGGUCAUGCAUUGCACUUGCUUUGCGUUUGUAACUUAAGUCAGUCGUCGCAUUCAAGUUGAACAUUACAGAAGAUAGCUAGAUAAUUAGAAAAAUUGAAUCGUUCGUGAUGAAAUGCAAAUACUGCACGCAAAAGCAACAGCCGUCAUUCGUCAAUUAAUCUGAGCUCACUUUGCUCAUGUGAGACAACAGCUGAAUAAAUGUUUUUAAAGAAAAUAAAUGGUGAAGAAUUUUAAAAUAAAUACUAAAGUGCGGAGAACUUUAAACGAGCAAAAAUAAUAUUUCUUUAAAGAAAGGAAGUGUAUGAAAAAAAAUAUAUUUUUGAGCGAAACAAAUUAUUUGUGUGAUCAAUAAAGUGACAAAGCACAGACCAUCCGGUAUUGACUUCUAUUGUUUGUUAAAAAGAUUUUAAAAAAAUUUACUACUGUGAAAUACGAAUUUGUCAUGAUAUAAAAAAUUUGUUACGCUCUUAUCACAAUUCUCUACAUUGAUGAUAAUAAAUGAGUUAAAAAUAAAUGAAAUUUCAAUUGUAAAGUGACUCAUUUUGAAUGAAAUUUAAAUUCAAUUAACCUCCAUUCGAACACGAAACAAACACAAAAAAAUGUCAAGUGUGCGAAAAGUUGGGCCUCCUGUGCCUCCGCGCCCCUCAGCGAAUCAAGUAGCCAGCAACAAGUCACGUUCAUGCUCUCCAACGCCCGCAAGUAUCAAAAGUAGUCGAACCGUAGUCUACAAAUCGCCGUCGUUAGAGGAGAAAAAUGAAGUCAUAUCGACAAAUCAGGCAACGACGCAAGUAGCACGCGCUGUUCCCGUUCCAAAGCCGCGAUUAAUUUCGCCCAUGCAAACUUUAAAGAGCAGCAAUGACCUUCCUCAGUCAUCGUCGCCGAUGCGUCAAACAACUGUCGUGCAUGCAAUCGAGAACGAGAAUCGCGUUUCAAUCAAAAGUGCGGGAAUCGAGGUAAAAACGAACAUGAAAAGCGUCGAAAUUGAUUUGCAACAAAUGGAAUUCACGAAUAAGUUUAUGGAUGAAAUCCAAAGUCGCAAACUCGAAAAACGUCCCGAUCCAGAAGGCAAAGAAGAAUUUCGUGAAGGUUCAGAUUCCUCCUCGGGUAACAGUGAUAGCUUUGUCUCGGCUUGUAGCAAUUUAAAUACUUCCAGAACGGAGAAAAGUUUCGAGGAAAAACUUUCGGAGAAGAAAUCAAUUUUCACGGAGAUGCUUAUCUCGGAAAUAAUUGCGAAUCAUCCGCCUCCCGCGACAAAUCCCGUUGCUAUGAAUCUCCAAAUUGCAUCCCAAAGAGCUCCUAUUAGUCAUUCAACGCCAAAAAGUUCAGAAUCUCCGCCGAUUGUCGUGAAACGCGAAAGACUUCCAUCGACUUCCUCCAAUGAUAUUUCUCCGCAUGGAACGCAAAGACAUUCGCAACCACGGAUUCGCACGUCAGAUUGGAUUGAAGUCGGAGACAAUGGGAAAGAAGUUGUAAUGACAAGUUGUCAUAUUAGUCUCGAGGAUUCAGGAAUGGAAGACGAGGAACGACUUGAUGAUGCAAGUAGCGGCGUUGGAGAUUCGUGGGAUAGUAUUAAAGAUUCAGAAGAUCGGGUCAAAUUAUCGCUGCCUGGAUUACCGCCAUUACCAAAGAGCCUCAGCGGAUUUCAGGAGAUGCAACAAAAUGAUAUUUCAUGCCAAUUACCUCCGCCAGCAUCAACCAAUUCUUCGGCAUCGUCAACUUUAGACACGCAAUUAGCAACUUUGAGACGAGAGAUGUAUGGCUUGCGACAACUUGACUUGUCCCUGUUAUCGCAGCUGUGGACCUUGAACGAAUCAAUUCAGGAGUUUCGAACGAUUGUGCAACAAGAGCAAGAAGCGCCGCCAUCGCCAACACCCUCAAACUCGGGAUCUGAAGUGCCAUCGUCAGAGGAUGAAAGUCCCGUUAUUAAAACAAGCUCGCAAGUUUCGUUGCAAUUGCAACGCAAAAAGAUUUCACCGAAUAGAGUAAGGGGAGUUCCGCCUCCGCCGCCGCCAAGAGAUGCGAGAAUUAAAGCGGGAGGACAACGGUGAUAAAAUUUAAUGAAAAUAUUAAAAGAAGAAAAUGUGAUUAGAAUAGAAUUGAAAAAAAUUGUGUUGAGUUCAUUAACGAACUAACAAGAAAAUUGUAUUGAAAAAAAAAUCUCUCUUAAAAAAUAUUAUUUUGAUUUGUUCAAAAAAUAAAAAAUUUGUAGAAAUUAUAGGUAGUAAUGAAUUCGUAAAA